AAAGGAAGCUAAAAUCUACAGAUGGUGUGUACCACUUGAACGGGAGAUGAAUGACCAUUUCUUUGUGUUUAAGAUUUGACCAUUCAUUAGGACCUAGGACAGGAAAGACUAGCAACUAGAAUCUAGUAACAAUGGUGAGAGAAACAAAGACACUUGGAGAAGGUAUUCCUGCCGAUACAGAUCCCACACAAUUACCUACUGUUACAAAUGUAGCUAACAAUGAUUCUACACGACAGAUGACAGAUAUAGAGAUAGCAGCUCUUAUUGAGAAGGUCGCUUGUCAUCGAAAAAGCCAUUUAUUUUUCCAUAAAAUGCAAGUUCUGCUGGGUCGUGAUGUAGCCAAUAAGAUUGAUACAAAGGGAAACAGACAAGAAGAACGAAGAGGAAAGACGUUUUAUCACAUGAUGAUGACAUACAGGCGACGAAAAUCAUUUGGUUUAUUGGAAGUGGGAGAGGUGGUUAAAAUGUUACAUGAAAUAGAAAUGAAAGACCUAGCAGAAAAUAUAGAACCCUGAAGUAACAGAAAAAGUAGAACCCUGAAAUAGCAGAACCAUGGAACCUACAAAUGGCAGGACAAUGUAAACUAUAAAUAAUAGGAAUGGUGGAAACUUGAAAAGAAUUAAUUUAGUAGAACAUUGCAAUAGCAGAAUUUAAAAUUGUUACUGGAAUCUUUCCAACACUACUUAUACAACUCAUCUAUAUAAACUUGACCAGAACGUUCAGAAUAAUAAUAGAUUGACUUUAAUUGUCUGAUAACAGGAUAUUUUAUAGGUCAUGUUUACAACAUGUUUCACCAGGAAUCCAGCCAUGUUUCUGUGAAGAUAUAUUUCUGUGACGACUAGUUUCUGGGAUGACAUGAUUCUGUGAAGAUAUAUUUCUAUGAAGAUAUAUUUCUGUGACGACUAGUUUCUGUGACGACAUGUUUCUGUGAAGAUAUAUUUCUGUGACGACAUGUUUCUGUGACGAUAUGUUUCUGUGACGACAUGUUUCUGUGAAGAUAUAUUUCUGUGAUGAUAUGUUUCUGUGACGACUAGUUUCUGUGACGACAUGUUUCUGUGAAGAUAUAUUUCUGUGACGACAUGUUUCUGUGACGCGACGACAUGUUUCUGUGAAGAUAUAUUUCUGUGAUGAUAUGUUUCUGUGACGACAAGUUUCUGUGACGACAUGUUUCUGUGAAGAUAUAUUUCUGUGACGACAUGUUUCUGAGAUGAUGUGUCUGUGACAAUAUGUUACUGUAUCAAUGUAUUUGAUGACAUGUCUGUAGGUUUGUUGUGUCAUUUCUUCAUAAAAUGUGUGAAAAGAAGUAAAGUGCUGAAAAAAUAUAUAAGAAUUUGUAUAAUAUGAUAUGA